AUGAGCUCCGACGAAGAUGAUUUCAUGUCGGAUAAGUUUUUGCAAACGGAAGUUGAGCCGCAAUGUAAGGCUUUGUUACCCAAACUUUAUUUCCCCUUCCUCGCUCUGUCCAAAUCACACCACGAGAAACGGAUGAUGCGCAUCGAGAAGAACCGGUUUGACGCAGAAGACGAGCAGCGCAAGGUCAAGAAGCCAAAAAUCGAGGUCGAAGUGGAGAGGAGAAACGAAGCCCUGCAAAAGCCGAUCGAGGAGGAUUCGGUCGGUUUCAAGCUGAUGGCGAAGAUGGGCUUCAAGUCGGGCAUGAGUCUUGGCAAGAAGAAGGAUGAAAAUGACCUGGGCUCUGGAAUCAAGGAGCCGGUGCCUUUGGAGGUGAAAAUUGGACGGAAGGGGUUGGGCCACGAAACGGCUGAGGUUGAGAAGAGCCGAAAGCGGAUUGACGCUAUUAUGGAGCGGAUGGCCGCGCGUUCGAAAAUGACGGAUGAGCUUUCUGACGAUUUCCGGGAGCGUCGCCGUAUCGAAUCAAUCUGCCGGCUUCUGAUGCGCGCGAUUAUCAAGGCUCGAAAGACGUGCGCUCAACUGGAUAUUGCGAAAGGACGGGAUACUCCUAUUGUCGAAUGGUUUUGGCCUUCCUACAAAUCGGGAGACGAUGCUCCGGAAGAUAAGCCUACCUUUUCUAAAGACCAAGCGAUUCGAAGCAAAUAUACUGGGUUCUUCUACGCAAAUGGCGUCCCGUCGCCUAUUCAUGACGGAAAAUCCUCAGAAAACACUCCCGGGGAGCUGCUGACCAGGAUCAAAAGUCUUGUCGAAUAUCUGAAGGAGGAGUACGUAUUUUGCGCCAUCUGUCAGAAGGGUUUUAUGGAGGUGGAGGAGAUGAAUGUGGUGUGCCCGGGGCGCGAGGAGCACGAGGCAACCAUCACCAAGACGUUCCGUGUCUGCGGCAUAAACGCGCUCGCCGAGGUGUACGAUAGAAUCAGGGCGGAAUGUGAGAAGCGGGACCUCCGACGUGGACUGGACGAACCUACCGUACCUUGGCACUGGAAGGCGCGCUUUAAUGCGGAGGCUAUGCUUCAAUUGCGGCGUGCCGAAUUUGAGGCCGAGACCGAACGGUUCGUUUAUACAAAUGGAAAAGCGGCGCCUCCGGAGAUUCGCUUCAACGAGCUGCCGCUCAGCGAUCUCAAGGAAAAGUUGGCCGAGCUGUUGGGGUACUUGCGCGAGGAGCACUUCUACUGCUUAGGAUGCGGAACCCAGUCUGACACCUUUGAAGAAAUGGAAUUGGCCUGUGCUGGCGAUCACGAGCUCGACGACUACGCAGAUCAU